CACCAAGAAUGGUCGCGCCCGUAUUUCCAUUCCGGCCAGGCCGUCGUGAUAACUUCGCCUGCCCCCCUCAAAUCGAGGCCCCCCCCAACCCCGUCCUAGCUACUAGGGCCCCCCCCCCCGCCCCGUGCCCGAGCGAUGAUGGAGGACAAGAGCACGUCCCCGGCUCUGGGGGCUCCUCCCCGGGCGGACCAGGCGCCCGCGGGCGGCGUGGAGACCGAGCUUGCCUCGGCGGGGCGCAUCGAUCUCAAGGGCUGCUCGCGUUUCGUCAACUCGCUGAACGCGCAGAACAGCCUCAACCUCCAGGACCAGGUCAACUCGGACCUCGAGGUCGCCUCCGUCCUCCUCAAAGCUGAGAGCGGUGUCCCCGUGUCCCCGUUGGGGGAGCCGGGUCCCCCGACGCGCCUCAACUACACGCCGUCGGCUGCCAAGCACUUCUCGCCCGUCAAGCAUUCCACGGCGCUCACCAACAAGCAGCGGGGAAACGAGGUGUCCAACACGCCGGGCCUGCUCGCCAAACUCUCGCUUCAUCAGCUGGCUGCUCAGGGGGAGCUUCAGAAUCUGACGAUAAGACUGGAUCAAGAUGGCAUGGUGGACGUGAUGGACGAGCGAGGACUCACCCCACUCAUGUGGGCGGCCGCGCACGGACAGAUCGCCGUGGUGGAGCUCCUGCUCAAGAAGGGUGCGUGUGCGUUUGCGGUGGCGCGCGAGCGGGAGAAUGCGCUGUCCCUUGCCUGCACGAGUGGGCACGCGGACAUCGCGCACAUGCUGCUGCUGCGCGGUGCCGACGUGAACGUCUACGACUGGAACGGUGGGACACCCCUUCUGUACGCCGUGCACGGGAACCACGUGCGCUGUGUGGAGCUUCUACUGAACAGUGGAGCGGACGUGAUGUCGGAGACGGAAGCGGGACUAAACGCACUGGAGCUCGCGGCUGCACUGGGCCACCGCACUGCCCAGACCGCCAUUGAGAAAUACCUGCUGCAGAUGCUGCAAGACCCCUAGGAUCGACACCUGCUGCACGAACAAAUCGCCCCUGUCCCCCCGUCGUCGUCGCUCUCGCUCGUUGAACCGUCGAACGCCGGUGCCAGCGGUGUGAGGAUCAUCGACAGAGACAGCGCUGGCCGCUUUGCGUGCGAUUUUAUCGUUCACGGCCUACGUGAGCGUUUUGGUGCGGAUGCGUAAACCUGGAUGGGACCGGGUAUGGGGUGGUGGACAGCUGUAAUACGGCUCUUUUGGAGGCAGGGGUUGGUGGGUCAAGAAGAUUUGUGAAACUCCCGACUCUGCGGAACCUAAGUGGUCAAGAGCUGGCAGCACAGCAAGUGGAAUCCUGACUGCAUGUCCGUUCUGAUUGUGUGUCUUGAGUGUUAUCGUUCCUGUAUGCUAAUUCCUAAUGUGAAGAAUAGUCCUCAUAUAGGAUUUAGCCAAACAUACCAAUGUAGGCCUUUCCUAAAAGGCGAUCCCCUCAGACUCUGCGGGUGUUUCCUCCAAAAAUUAAGGAUAGUUCUAACACUACCACCAUCGUCAAAAGAAAUCUCGUUUGAACACUUUGCUAAAACUAGUACCGUCACAAGCGCCUCUGUGCGUGAUGCUACGAAUCGGCCGGACGUCAUCUGACCCAGAGGAUCAUAGCGGGCUCGUGCCGAAGGUGCCGCCGAAGGAUCAUCCUUCAGGUGCCUCCUACAAGUGUCGGGCUCCAUAAGCCUGACGUUCUGGCUUCUCAUGAUGUUGGCUCUUGGUCGAGCGGCGCUCUCCUCGUUCGUGCUGCGGGUCGAUACUCCCGCCCGUAAAUUGGCUCAGCCACUUGUAAGCCGCUCUCCUUCAAUGGGGGAGGAGUAGCAAAACUUCCAUUAGCACGGUUGGCUACGUACGGUGCAAAAGAAGUUCAACACACAGACGAAUGCUCUCCUGAGGCCCACGUUAGUGGCAAGCAGACCUCGACGAUGGCUUUUUAGCUCCGGAACCACAUUGCCUCCAUACGCCUAGCGUAGAAUAGAACCUGUGAGUGAUGGCUGGGUGCUGCCAGGCCGUACUGAACAUUCAGUUCUUGCAUGCGCGUAGAGAUUUGGAAAGCCAGAUUAUGUACGAUGGGCAUCUUGCGCGACCGGUGUGUAUCGUCGUAGGGUUGCCAUCCAUAUGGGUUUUUUUACCCAUGCAGGUUUUACAUGGACGGGUGGUAACCCGAUAGUCUCCAACGGCAGGUUUGUGAUGCGCUUCUAAUUUUUUCUGUGAAGCGAGGGAAGGUAACGAAUGCCCUGCCCCUCUCUCGUAGCACAUCAUGCACAGAAGACUGCAUUAUCAGCCGGAGGUUAUAUCUCUCAGUCGUGGCUGGUUGUUGCUCAGGCCUACAAAAUUCCAUCUUAAUGUAAGAAACCAGUAUAAAUGUGUCGAAACCCUCCACCACCCGACAGCCAAUUAGUAAUGUAAACAAAACGCCAAUUAGUUACUACUUCAGCCCACCUGUGUGUUGGAGAGUAAAUCCACAAGAUUUUCAAUUUCAAUACGACUUUUCGCUGGUAAUUACAUCCAGCAUCAUCGGGCAAUUUGCCAGAAUAAUGAAGCAAUCCACCUGCUUCCGGUCUUACAUCGAGCAGCAGGACGACGUCUUCACCUGAACGCGAUCUGACCCAAAAACCUUUAUUACGAAUUUACAUUUGACUGUUGAUGUGCAUCACCGGCAAUUGCAAUUUCUUAUUUGUAAAUAUGAUUUUUAAUAAAACAAAAACGUAUAAACAGA